AGGAGGAGGUCUGAAGAGGCCCGAGGAGGCCCGAGGCAGAUCUGAGGGCCGCGCCGCCGGGCCGACCUCCCGGGCGGGAUGGCGGCCGUGCACGUGCCUGGCGCCGCUCUGCCGGCGGCCUCGCCGCUGAUCGCCUCCCCGAAGGAGGGCGAGUACGUGGAGCUGCCCGCCGGGAAGGCUGCGGCGGACGUGCUGAUCAAGUUCAGUGCCGCACCAGGCCGCCUCGCCUUCUGGAUCGAGUUCGCCGAGGACCCGUCGAAGGUGGGGCAGAUGAACUGCCUGCCCGGGGUGCCAGAGGAGGCCUACGCCCUCCGCGGCAUCCCGGAGGGCGCCUUCCGCGUGCACGCGGUGCUGUGGGAGGCCGUGGACGCUCUGGCGCCAGUCAAAGAGCCGCAGAAGCCCUCGGAUCUGCAGACUGGAGGGCCAUUUGUCGUUUCAGGCCG